AUGAAUGCCUCUAAAAACACUGCUGAGAGGGAAACUAAGAAAAGAGUUCCCGGAGUGGCAAGGAAGAGCUAUAGACAUCAGCUUGCACAAGGGGUGGGGGUCCAUAUGAAGAAAGGAAAGAGACUCGCGAAGAACCGUCAUAGCCAAGUGGAUGGAAAUAGCAUAAAUAGAGCCAAGCCUUCUCUAAAAGAAGCAAGCGUGAGUCCCAGGAAAGCAACGUCAGAGGACCUUUGCUUGAUUUGA